UCGACUGCUAUUCUCUCUCAGAUAUCUCACCUCAGGUCGCAAAAUAACAUGCUCUUUCAGGUCCCAUUUGGCCUUAUGCUCGUUAGUCUUGGUCUCCCUCCCCGUGCGCUUAACAUCUUCUCUGCUCUGGGCCUUUGUCCUGCAUAUACCACACUGCGAACUACCUACCAGGCGCUCUCAAACGAGCGCAUAUCUCUCGCUCGUGAGGUUGCAAAACGCUUCCACGGAAUCCAAUGGGACAACGUUCAUAUAUCCACCUCCGAGCACCCAACUCAGCGAGAUCUAGCUCGUGCUAAGGUUUCAACAGGCACUCAGGGAAUUAUCUGUGAUCUUCCUGAAGUUCCUUGCUCAGUGGCCUACUCUCUGGAUGAGCAUCUCGCUCGUCGUGCUUCUCUGAAUCUGAUAGAGUACAAAACCGAUGUCCGGACAACUCUUGCUCAGGCUAUUGAUAUAUCGCACCACUUAUUCAUCGAUAUCAUCAAGAUUCUUCGCGAAUCAGCCGGAAACGCGUUUGACUAUCUAGGGGAUCCAAACGAGCUUCAAUACCGAUCAUAUCUGCCAAUGCCUGCUGGGGAAAAGGCAGAGCAGUACCCUCUGCCAACAACAAAAAUUGACGAGUCUACAACCAUCGGGAAUAUCGAGUUCCCAUUUAUUACCUACACUGUGCACCUCGGGAUGUCUCCCGAGGAGUUUGAGGGCGACGAAAACGCUUUUCACCGUCUCGAGGUCUUUCAGCUUAGUCCUGGGCCAUUUCAUAUCCACCUCAACUUUGGCUGGCAGAACAUUGGAGUCCACCGAGGCGAUUAUCGUGACCCGGGCAGCCUUGCUUGGUGUAUCAAUAUUCUGCGACUCACUCGGCUUGGUGGCGACAAACCUGAUUAUAAACUCAUGUGCUCGCUUUUUGCUCAGGUUCUGCAGGCGAAUCUCAUUGUUUACUGGGAGGACGAGACUGGUAUGACUAUCCGGCAGCUUUCUGAGGCAAAACCAAGUGCUUCUGACCUCCUUGCCACUGCUCGGCGCAUUUUUCUGAAAUACUUCUCGGAGGACGCAAUUCGAAACCUUGGUGAAGGCUCAGAGGUCGAUGAGGUGUUCCGAAACACUAUCCUGCUCAACCGUGACUUGAUAAACUUCUACGAAUUUUCGCUUGGUGUAUCCUCUGGCGACUUUGGUCGUCUCGAACUUCUCCUCGGCGCGCUGACAGAAGGUUUUGCGGGGGCAGGGCGAUUCAAUUACUCGACAGAGAUGCUCCAUCUUAUUCAUAACCUCAGGAAGGUUUGGACACCUGAAUUUGCGUAUGCACUUCCCACUACUUCUAUGCUGUUUUCUGACUGUUUAUUAGCAAUGUUAUGCGUCGUUUUAUGCUUAUCAACACAUCUGGGCGCCCCAACCAUGCGAUUGGACGUGACAUGGCCAUUGAGCAUGAGAUCAAUGCAAUCAAGGUACGUAGUUUUCACAGCACAUUGA